UGUGUGGCGAAAGCUUGUUUCAUUUCACAACGUUUUUAUCCCUGUCGGUGCUACAAUAGACUCACAUUCUCAUAUAAUAUAUAGGAUUAACAAAGAAAAAUAUAGAAGAAAAAAAAAUAGGGAAAAAUCCUAGUGAAUUUGUGAUAAAUAUACUAGUAGGAAUUCGUUAUUACUGGUAUAAAUUUUAGGUGAACAAAAGAGAAAAAAAAACAUUUGCUGCACCGUGAACAACAGUUUUCAUUUCGUACAGUGACGCGAUAUUUGUGUAUGAGUUUGGCUCUGUGUAUUUAGCAUUAACAAGCAAUCAAGAAAAUGCUCGCCCUCGAGAACGCCGAUGAAAUUUUACAAAUUUUAGAUCGUUUUACCAAACAAAAAUCGAAAGAUAUUCCACCAGAGCUAGAAGAAUACAUUAAUUAUGUUGCUAAAACCGGAGACACGGUCUAUCGCUGGCCCACCGUUCAGUAUCUGUUUCGUGAAAAAUUACGAAAUGUUAUCAAAGACUUUCACGACACCACCGCUAGUAUUGAAGACCUUCCCCAAUGUCCGAAUGUCGACCAAUUCAAUUAUGAUUCCAUGAAGACGUUGUUAUUUGAACGCUUCGAUUGUUUUCAAGCGGCACCAUUCACCAUUCAGCGUUUGUGUGAACUGCUCACCGAUCCGAAAAAACACUAUAGUCGUCUCGAUAAAUUCAUGCGCGCUUUGGAAAAAAAUAUUUUAGUUGUGAGUACAGUUGAACCGGGCCGUAAAUCGAUUUCAAACAACGAUCCAGCCGAAAUUGAUGCAUUCAACAAUGAUGUUUUGAAUGAUAUUAACAUCGAUGUUGAGAUAACUAAGAACGAUGAAAAACAAUCAAAUGGAAAAGAUAACAAACAUAUUGAAUUCAAUUCAACUGAACACAUGGACGAGAGUGUUGCAUCGUCGUCGUCUUCGACAUCAUCAUCAUCAUCGUCGUCGUCGUCGUCGUCAUCAUCACAAGCAUCACCUGACACUGAAAUGAAAAAGGACGAAAGCACAAAGGUUGAAGCAACCGUUUCUGAAAAAUCGAUUGAAUCGGAAAAGGCGGCCGAAAGUUCCGCACAAAUAUCAAGCGAAGCAGCUGACACUCCAAUGACAACGGAACCGACUGAAAUAAAACCAGUUAUUGAUGCAAAUGAAAAAGCGGCCACAGAAAAAGAAAAUGACGUCAUUCCAAAACCAGAAGACCAAGCGAAAUCAAGUGUGACAGUUGAAAAAGUCGAACCAGUAGAAAGUAGUGUGCAAAAAGAAAUUGACAAUGAAACCGCACCAAAAGCUGAAAAAAUCGACGAAGGCAAGCCAGCACCAUUGGAUGACGAGGUAAAGGUAGAAGAGAAAAAGAAUGAAGAAGAAAUCAAAGAAACGCCACCAAUCGAGGUAAAGCCGGUUACUCCGAAACAUGCACGCAGCUCCAGUGAUGAUGAGGAUGAUUUAGAUGGCGAUUUGAAUACAUCGGCGAAAAAGAUUCGACUCGAUUUUGACGACGAAGAGAAAAAAGAAGAAACAAAAGCGCCACAGCCGGAAAGUACAUCCGAAGCGGAGCCAAUUGUAUCGGCAAUAGAUUUACAAAAGGAAACGGAUAUUUUGGAAUCGAUAAGCAGCGAAAUUGAUGCCCAGAAAGAGAAUGAACUAUUGGAAGAUGUUGUUGAUUCGGUAUUGGUUGCCGCUGUAAAAGAUCCCAUCAAUAUUGACGUUCAGCCAAUUGCCGAAAAUAUAAUUGAACCGGACACAUCGAAACCAAUCGAAGAACCCGCCACCGCUGAUUUAUUGAAAACAGAUGAACCCGUGGCCAUUCCAUCCGAUUUAGAUUUUACACCCGACGAGGCACUAAACGAAUUAGUGUCAUCGGACAUUCUAUCAGUGAUUCCAGAGCAACAGCCAGUCGAAGAAGAGAUCAAAAUGAGCGAAGAGUCCAAUAAUAUUGCCGAACCUGUGGUACAAGCCGCUGCUGAUGAAAUGAAUGUCGAAAACACCGAUGCUGGCGGCAUUGAAGCCGAAAACGCAAUGGAAGCAGCUCCAAUUAAAGCGGACGAAGAAAAAAUGGACGUUGACGAAUCAAAUUCAGUUGACGCAAUGGACCUUUAAGGGCCAACAUUCAUCGAUUCAAUUUACGAUCAUAACAACAUAUUUACUCACAUUUACUAUACUACAUUAUAUUCGAAACUCUUUCUUUUUUCAUACAAACAGAAAAAAAAUACAGAGAGUGACACAAUGCCACAUUAUACGUAGAAUUUAGUAAUUUCGUAUCAUAUGAAUAUCCACUUCAGCAAAAAAAAAAAACGAAACAUUUUUUCAUCAAUAGUUUCCUUUUAUUCGUUUUGUCUUCUUUUGUUACUCUAUUUUAAGCGAUGCAUUUCUCUUUUUUUUUAAUUUUAUGUACUGAUUGGCAAAAACAAAAAAAAAUGUGUUGUAGAAGUCGAUAAGCAAAUGUCAAAAAAAAAAACAAUACUAAACCUAUCAAAUAAGUAAUAAUAAACGUAUCAAUUUGCAUUGUAGGCAAAUCAUAAACACACACACACACUCCUACAAA